UAAGAGACAAGCGGUCAGCAGAGCCUCAGUGCCGAUCGAUCGUCGGAGCUGGGAGCAGGAAGAUGUCGAAUGAACUUGAUUUCAGGUCUGUGCGGCUGCUAAAGAAUGAUCCAGUCAACUUCCAGAAGUUCCCUUAUACUAGUGAGGAUGAGGCCUGGAAGACGUACCUGGAAAACCCCUUGACAGCCGCCACAAAGGCCAUGAUGAGAGUCAAUGGGGAUGAUGACAGCGUUGCAGCCCUGAGCUUCCUUUAUGAUUACUACAUGGGGCCCAAGGAGAAGCGGAUACUGUCCUCCAGCACCGGGGGUCGGAAUGACCAAGGGAAGAGGUACUACCAUGGUACGGAAUAUGAGACAGACCUCACCCCUCUUGAAAGCCCCACGCAUCUCAUGAAAUUCCUGACAGAGAAUGUGUCUGCAACCCCAGAGUACCCAGAUCUGCUCAAGAAGAAUAACCUGAUGAGCUUGGAGGGGGCCGUGUCCACCGCUGGCAAGGCAGCUCCACUCCCCCCAGGUCCUAGCAAGCUGGAAGCUGGCUCUGUGGACAGCUACCUGUUGCCCACCAGUGACAUGUAUGAUAACGGCUCCCUCAACACCCUGUUUGAGAGCAUUCAUGGGGUGCCGCCCACACAGCGCUGGCAGCCAGACAGCACCUUCAAAGAAGACCCACAAGAGUCGCUGCUCUUCCCAGAUAUCCUGAAAACAUCCCCGGAACCCCCAUGUCCAGAGGACUAUCCCAGCCUCAAAAGUGACUUCGAGUACACCCUGGGCUCCCCUAAAGCAAUCCACAUCAAGUCAGGCGAGUCACCCAUGGCCUACCUCAACAAGGGCCAGUUCUACCCUGUCACUCUGCGGACCCCAGGAGGUGGCAAAGGCCUUGCCUUGUCCUCCAACAAAGUCAAGAGUGUGGUGAUGGUUGUCUUCGACAAUGAGAAGGUCCCGGUAGAGCAGUUGCGGUUCUGGAAGCACUGGCAUUCCCGGCAACCUACUGCCAAGCAGCGGGUCAUCGAUGUGGCUGACUGCAAAGAAAACUUCAACACGGUGCAGAACAUCGAGGAGGUGGCCUAUAAUGCUCUGUCCUUUGUGUGGAAUAUCAAUGAGGAAGCCAAGGUGUUCAUCGGGGUCAAUUGCCUGAGCACAGACUUCUCCUCACAGAAGGGGGUGAAGGGUGUCCCCCUAAACCUGCAGAUUGACACCUAUGACUGUGGCUCAGGCACUGAACGCCUGGUACACCGCGCUGUCUGCCAGAUCAAGAUCUUCUGUGACAAGGGAGCUGAAAGGAAGAUGCGAGAUGAUGAGCGGAAGCAGUUCCGGAGGAAGGUCAAGUGCCCUGACUCCACCAACAGUGGCAUCAAGGGCUGCCUGCUGUCGGGCUUCAGGGGAAAUGAGACCACCUACCUGCGGCCUGAGGCUGACCUGGAGACCCCGCCGGUGCUGUUCAUCCCGAAUGUGCACUUCUCCAGCCUGCAGCGCCCUGGAGGGGUCGUCCCCUCGGCAGGACACAGCAGCUCCAACAGGCUGCCUCUGAAGCGCACCUGCUCGCCCUUUGCUGAGGAGUUUGAGCCUCUGCCCUCCAAGCAGGCCAAGGAAGAUGACCUUCAGAGAGUUCUUCUGUACGUGCGGAGGGAGACUGAGGAGGUGUUUGAUGCCCUCAUGUUGAAGACCCCGGACCUGAAGGGACUAAGGAAUGCGAUAUCUGAGAAGUAUGGGUUCCCUGAAGAGAACAUUUACAAAGUCUACAAGAAAUGCAAGCGAGGGAUCUUAGUCAACAUGGACAACAACAUUAUUCAGCAUUACAGCAACCAUGUAGCCUUUCUACUGGACAUGGGGGAGCUAGACGGAAAGAUUCAGAUCAUCCUUAAGGAGCUGUGAGGCCCGAGCAUCUGAACCCUCAGACUCCUUGGUGUCGGCUCCAGGCGAGGAGCCGACUCGGAAGUGGCCCCACGCCACACACAACCUCCGCACACGCCUCAGUGCUGUUACUUGAAUGCAGACCCACAGAUGUCAGGGCCAGGAAGGGACCUUGCAGGUCUCCCAAUCUGAACCCCCAUCUCAUGCUUGAAUCUACUCCCUGCACUUCCUGCCAGGGCCUGCCCACCCAGAGAUAAUGUCGUCUUGGUUUCCACAUACCCAACAGACUCCUUCCUCCUCAGAAGACCCUUUUCUGCAGCAGCCUCCAGCAGCCUGCCUGUUCAGAUGGCAGAAGUGCACCCACCCUCUGUCCUGCAGUGCGACGCCAGCUGACUUGACUCUGGUCUGGCCCCCACUCUCAGUUCUUCCGUCUCCUUCAGACCAAGGAUUUCUCACCCUUUGGUCAGUUAACUUGAAAACUCUUUGUCAGUGCAAAUGACUUUUAAAGACACUAAGCGGAAACAAUCUCUUUUCACAGACUUCCUCAAUGCAAGAUGUAAAUAAUAGAGGUGAUUGACUGGAACAAAGUGACCGCUGUAUAAAACUACUGUCUUGCCUACUCACUGUUGUAUACAUUUCUUAAUUACAAUUUUCAUUUGUUAUAUAUAUAAAUAUAUAUUGUACAUAUAUAUGCGACAUUUUAUAUUUUUCAUGGAUACAUUUUUAUCAUUUCAAAAAAUGUGUGUAUUUCACAUUUCUUGGACAAUUUUUUUUAGUUGUUAUUCAAUCAUGCAUUUUGUAUACUCUUAUGGUAUUUAGUAAUAAAAGUCUACCCACGUAUUACUUCAAA